GACCCUCUCUGGCAAGGGAAACACGCUGCGCUCAGCACACCUCCCCCACCUCCCCGUUCUAGCCACCCUAGCCUGGCACCUUAGACGACUGCUGUCUGCGGUGUCACCAUCAUGUCUGAAGACAAGCCCAUGGAAGAGGGCACGGUCUACGGUGGCUGCGAGGGGCCCGAUGCUAUGUACGUCAAGCUCAUCUCAUCUGAUGGCCACGAAUUCAUCAUCAAGCGUAUGCACGCGCUCACUUCGGGCACCAUCAAGGCUAUGCUGUCGGGCCCAGGCCAGUUUGCUGAGAACGAGACCAACGAGGUCAACUUCCGAGAGAUACCAUCUCAUGUGCUACAGAAGGUGUGCCAGUACUUCACGUACAAGGUGCGCUACACAAACAGCUCGACCGAGAUCCCAGAGUUCCCCAUUGCACCAGAGAUUGCCCUCGAGCUGCUCAUGGCAGCAAACUUCCUUGACUGCUGACGCCCAUUUCUUUAUUGUCCCCCCUUGAAAUAAAGUUU